CACGACGUUCGACAACUACCUCAAUAGGAAGCUAAAAAAAACCGGGAAAAUAGAACUGGAACUAAAGGACUUAUUCUCCAGAUUCACCGCGCAAGUAGUAGCUGGCGCUGGCUUUGGCGUGGAUGGAUUUUGCUUUGACGAUGACAAAGAGAAGGAGUCUUUUUACACGAUGGGCAAGUCCUUCCUCGAGCCGACCGUUUGGAACAAUCUUGUGUUCACCCUUACGUUCUUCGUGCCAAUGCUUGGCAAAAUCUUGAGAGCGAGAUUCUUACCGAAGAAGGCCGACGAUUUUUUUAGAAAUCUGGUUUCGGACGUUAUGGAGCAAAGAAGAAAGGAGACGACAUCUAGAAACGACUUCCUCCAGCUAAUGGCUAAUCUGGAACGGACGGAAGGUGAUACGUUUGAUCUAGAUGUUCUCGCGUCCCACGCGGUGUCAUUCUUCAUUGACGGCUACGAGACUUCCAGCGUCGUUUUAAACUUCAUCGGCUUCAAUUUGGCCACUCAUCCAAAAGUACAGGAGAAAUUACGUGAGGAGGUGAUGUCGGUGCUUAACAAACACGAUGGUGUAAUCACAUACGAAGCCUUGAAAGAAAUGACGUACAUGGAUCAGGUGAUAAACGAAUCGCAAAGGAUCGUACCCUCGUUAGGAGUCCUGAACAAGAUUUGCACGAAGAAUACUGAGUUGAAAGGAUCUGACGGACUUGUUUACCGCGUGGAACGCGGAACGCCCAUCGUAAUACCCGUUAGCGGCCUGCAUGCAGACCCAGAAUUAUGGGAGAAUCCCGAAAAGUUCGAUCCCGAUAGAUUCGGUCCGGACAGAAAGAACAGCAUCGAGAAAUUCGCCUUUCUUCCGUUCGGCGAAGGACCGCGAAUGUGCGUGGGAAUGAGAAUGGGUCUGCUGCAGGUAAAAGCGU